AUGGACGUCGAAGAAAUCAUGCACCACCACUCGCUGAAGCUCGACUCUUCCGCUAUGGUCUUCUUCGAUUUCGAGGCGGCUUUUCCGAGCGUCAGCCAGGAGUUCUUCGAUGUCAUCGUUGCCCGGGGUUGGCCGCCGUGGUGCUCGCAUAUUAUAGAGGUGGUCAAUCGGAGCAGCCGGUGCCGCAUCGCGCACGCCAGGUCCACUUACGACGGCUUCGAGCUGACCGCGGGGGUGCGCCAGGGCUGCCCGCUCUCCCCGCUCCUCUUCGCCGUGCUGUCGGAUGUUCCGUUGCGGAGGCUCCCACACCUCAUGCCAGACGCUAUUCCUCGCGCCCGCGCCGACGACUUGGCCGUCGGCCAAGGCAGCGGGGCGGGUGAUGCUUCCAUUCUUGAGCGGACUUUCGGCGAGUACGAGCGGCUGUCGGGGCUACGAUUACACCGCGCCAAACUGGUCUGGGUUACGCUCUUGUUGGAACCAAUCGAACGCGCGCGGGAGUCUACAGGGCGCCGCUGGGAGCGCGCGACGCUCGCACUCCGCGGCCUGGCGCCCUCGGCGCUGCCGCGGGCGCGGGCAUCGGCGCGCCGCGUCGCGCGCAAUUGGCUCGGCGACGGGGCCUCGCGGCAAUGCGCCGGGGAAGCUUGCGCUGCGCACCCUCGCCUCGCAGCGCUCGCGGCAGCUGCGCGGCGGAACUGA